CCGCCUCGCGGAGUGAUUCGCCGGAAUGGGCGGAGGACGCGCCGAUUGCGGCUGGUACUUCUUGAAGAAUUAAGGGUCUGAGGCGUGCUUGGCAGGUUGUCAGCGCUGUUAUUCAGGAUCGAGUUGAGCAGCGCAGCGGCGGCGGGAGAGCGGACUGUUGAUCUGAACGUGGACCGCUGGACCUGGCAAGACGCCGGGGAAGCACAAGGUGACCAGGGAACAAAGGAGGAGUAGCUGUUGGACAGCUAAGAGUUUUAUCCAAGGGAUCGAAUCGGGGCCCCUGUAGUGGAAGCGUGGAGUCUUAACCACUGGAUUACCAGGGAAGUCCCACCAAACUUUUUAAAUGAGCAAAGAAUUGGAAUACACAUCUCUCCAAAGAAAGUAUACAAAUGACCAAUAAGCACAUAAAGAUGUUCAACAUCAUUGGGGAAAUAAAAGUCAAAAUCACAAUGGCAUACCACUUCAAACCCACUAGGAAGAAUUUAAUCCAAAAGAUGGUGAGGAUGUGGAAAAAAUGGAACUUUGGUAUAUUUUUGGUGGAAUUGUAAGAUGAUGCAGCUGCUUUGAAAAAGAGUUUGGCAGUUCCUCAAAAAGGUAAACAUAGAGUUACCAUAUGAUCCAGCAAUUCUAUUCCUAGAUGUAUAUAUCUAGGAGAAAUGAAAUGUAUAUCCACACAAAAACAUGUACGUGAAUGUUCUUAGUAGCAUUAUUGAGAGUAACAAUAAGUGAAAACAAUGCAAAUGUCCAUCAGUAGAUGAGUGGGGAAAAAAGUGGUGUAUUUCUGUGAUGGAACUUUAUUUAGCAAUAUGUGUAAAGGCAUAAAGUACUAAUCCAUGCUGCAACAUAUGUGAACCUUGAAAGAUUAUGCUAUGUGAGAGAAGCCCAUCACAAAGACAACAUAUUGUAUGAUUCCAUUUAUAUGAGAUGACUAGAAUAAGCAUAUUUGUAGAUACAAAGAGUAGAUAAGCAGUUCCAGGGUCUGAGGGAACAAGAGUGGGAAGUGAUUGCUAAUAGGUAUGGGGUUUUGGUUAAUGAGAAUAUUCUAAAGUUAGAUGGUUGUGCAUCUCUAUGAGUAUACUAAAAACCACUCUUUUUUUUAAAAGGAUGAAUUUAUGGAAUGUGAGUUAUAUGUCAGUGAAGCUGUUAUGAAAAGAAACAAGUACGGGGAUAUGUGUAUAAAAACAGAUGAUUGAACCUGGUGUACCCCCAAAAAAAUAAAAAAAAUUAAAACAAAAAAACAAAACAAAAAAAAACCCAGAUAAUUGAACUUGGUGUACCCCCCAAAAAAUAAUAAAUUAAAAAAAAAAAAAAGAAAGAAACAAGUAUAAGGAAGAUUCUAUAGCCAGUGGGGGCAGAGAGUAGUUAAAUUCACAGACCUCUUUGCUGAUAGUAUGUGCUCUAUGGAAAUUAUUUGUUGUAUAUUUUCUCAAGUCACCCCCAACCUUAUAUUUAGAGGCAGAAUGAUAUUAUACAGGAUAACAUGGGAGUGCUGCCUCCAGAAUUCCUGAAUUUAGCUGAGGCCAUAAUUGGAUGCAACAAGCAGUUUUUUGUUUGUUUGUUUUUAAUUUUUUGACCCCACCGUGUGACAUGUGGGAUCUUAGUUCCCAGACCAGGAAUUGAACCCGCACCGCCUGCAGUGGAAGUGCAGAGUCUUAACUACUGGACCACUAGGGAAAUCCCCGGGUAGUUUUCUGUUAAAGGAUGCUUUGGGGAAUUCCCUAGUGGUCCAGUGAUUAGGACUCUGUGCUUUUGCUGCUGGGGGCCCAGUUUCAAUCCCUGGUUGGGGAACUAAGAUCCCACAAGCCAUGCAGCCAAAAAAUAAAAAUAAACAAAUAAAUAAAUAAAAUUGAAAACGAAAAGAAUGCUCUGGAUUUGUUCCUUGGUUACUUGAUGGGUCUAGUGUGACUUCACGUGGCCUGGAUGGAGCCUACACUUUGGACUCAAAAUGCUUCUUGCACCUGGAAUGUGAGAACGAGCCAGGCAAGCACCCUGAGGUAUUUUUAGUGUGUUGGGCUUAGAGGAAAAAGGAAGAUCUUAGUUGUGGGAAGUGUUUGUUCCAGGAUUUGGCCUACGUGGAUACAGAGCACUUCUAGGCCUGAGGGCCCCAUAAGUGUCCUUGAAGCACGUAUGACUCGGAUACGUUUUGGAUCAGCGGUCCCUAGUCUGAAAAGGUGAGCCACUCAGGACAGGUCAGAGAACCUUAAGAACAUCAUGGGAAUUGGGUACUGCUUUAGCAUAAGUUAAUUCCUCUAUAUCUGUGUUUUUUGGGAUGGGAAAAGGAUUUGAUUGUUUAGAUUUCUGUAAAUCGCAGUAUAUAUAUUGGGGCAUGGAAGGGACUAGGUGCCAUGGAAAGGGAAGGAAGUAUUUAUCUUAACUUAGUCGUGUAGCAGCAAGCCUAUUCUAAUGGUUUCCUUUUUCUUCCCUGACUCUGUGUUCUCAGGACUCAGCACUUCUCCACGAGAAGAAGCCAGAGGAGGACUAAUAAUUUGCUGUUGUAAGCCAUGCCCCAUAGGUUGGUGGUGUUGUUGUUCAAGGAUGUGGCCAUAGACUUCUCGCAGGAGGAGUGGGAGUGCUUGGACUUGGAACAGAAGGAUUUAUACAGAGAUGUAAUGUUGGAGAACUACAGCAAUCUGAUCUCACUGGCAGGACUUUCUAUUUCUAAGCCAGAUGUGCUCUCCUUAUUGGAGCAAGGGAAAGAGCCUUGGAAGAUUGUACAGGAUGUGACAAGAGGUCUGAGCCCAGACUGGGAAUCCAGGUGUGAAACCAAGAAGCUAUCAACAAAAAGAGAAAUUUAUGAACUAGAAGCAUCUCAAUGGGAGAUAAUAGAACAACUUACAAGUCAUAAGUGUGAGUGCGAAAGUUUUCAAGAUGGUAAGGAAUGCAGAGACCAGUUUGAAAGCCAAUUAGGAAUUAAAGAGGGACUUUUUAGGCAAUUAGUAAUCUAUGAAGAAAUGCCUAAUUUUAGUCAGACCACAUCCCUUAUAUUACAACAGAGAAUUCAUUCUAGUGAGAAAUUCUAUGAAUGUAAAGCAUGCAGAAAAUAUUUUAUCCUUGGCUUUCAACAGACUGAACAUCAGAAAAAUCAUUCUGAUGAAAAAUUCUGUGAAUGUAAAGAAUGUGGAAUGGCCUUUAUUCAGGACUCAGAGCUUAACCAUCAGAGAGUUCAUGUGGCCAAGAAACCCUAUGAAUGUAAGGAAUGUGGAAAAGCCUUUAUUUGUGCCUCACAACUUAUUUAUCAUCAAAGAAUUCAUACUGGAGAGAAACCUUAUGAAUGUAAAGAGUGUGGGAAAGCCUUUAUUCGUAGCUCUCAUCUUACUCAGCAUCAAAGAAUUCAUACUGGUGAAAGACCCUAUGAAUGUAAUGAAUGUGGGAAGGCCUUUUUUCGUGGGUCACAACUUACAUACCAUCAAAGAGUUCAUACUGCAGAGAAACCCUAUCAGUGUAAGGAAUGUGGAAAGGCCUUUAUUCGUGGCUCUCAACUUACUGAACAUCAGAGAAUUCAUACUGGUGAGAAACCCUAUAAAUGUAAGAAAUGUGGGAAAGCCUUUAGUUAUAGUUCACAGCUUACUCUACAUUAUAGACUUCAUACUGGUGAAAAGCCUUAUAAAUGUAAAGACUGUGAAAUGUCCUUUAUUCGUGGCUCACAACUUACUGAACAUCAGAGCAUCCAUACAGGUAAGAAACCACAUGAAUGUAAGCAGUGUGGAAAGGCCUUUAACUAUGGCUCACAGCUUAUUCGACAUCAGAGAAUUCAUACUGGUGAGAAACCAUAUGAAUGUCAAGAAUGUGGGAAAUCAUUUAUUCGUGGCUCACAACUUACUGAACAUCAAAAAAUUCACACAGGUGAAAAACCCUUUGAAUGUAAGGAAUGUGGGAAAGCCUUUAUUCGUGGCUCACAUCUUACUCAGCAUCGGAGAAUUCAUACUGGUGAAAAACCCUAUGAGUGUAAAGAAUGUGGAAAGGCCUUUAUUUAUGGCUCACAACUGUCUCAACAUCAGAAAAUUCAUACAGACUUCAAAUGAGAAGGAGACUUUACAAAUCAGUACAUAAGGUAAAUCUUUCAUCACUCUUACUAAGCAUCAGAUAAAUCAUUUUGGAGUAAAGCCUCCUAAUAUAAUUAACGUGGGGUUAUACCUUGUUCUGAAUUAAAAUUCUUAUUAAAAGGAAACCCUAAGGGGGAAAAAACUGUUUUGCCCUUACAAAUAAAGCUGCUUGUGACAAUUUUUGUGUAAGUUUCCGCAUGAACAUAAAUUUCCAUUUCUCUGGCAUAAAUAUUUAAGAGAGUAGUUUCUGGGUUAUGUAGUAAAUGGAUGUUUCUCAUAAGAAAUGGACAAAUCAUUUUCCAAAGUGUUUUUUCCAUUUUACAUUCCCACCAGGUGACCUAGUUUCUCUGUAUCUUUACCAGCAUUUGUUUUUGUCACCACUUUGUAUCUUACCCAUCCUGAUAGGUGUGUAGUGAUAUCUCUUUGUAUUUAUAAUUUCCAUUUCUCUAGUGGCUAAUGAUAGUAUGCUUAUUUGCCAUCUCUGUAUCCAUGUGGUGAAAUGACUGUGUCUUUUACUCCUUCAUUUUUUAGUUGUAUCUUUUUUUUAACUGUUGGAUUGUGAGAGAGUGCUUUCUUUAUUCUAGACGAUACUAGUCCUUUGUUGGAUAUGUAGUUUGCAAAAAUUUUUCCUAGUGCAUAGCUUAUCUUUUCAUGCUUUUAGCAGAGUCUUUGCUUUUUAAUAGCUAAGCUCUUUUUAAAAUUUUUUUAAAGAUUUUAUUAUUUAUUUAUUCAUUCAUUCAUUUAUUUUAUUUUUGGUUGCAUUGGGUCUUUGUUGCUGCGCAUGGGCUUUCUCUAGUUGUAGUGAGUAGGGGCUACUCUUCAUUGCAGUGCGCCGGUUUCUCAGUGCAGUGGCUUCUCUUCUUGCAGAGCAUGGGCUCUAUGCACGCAGGCUUCAGUAGUUGUGGCACAUAGGCUCAGUAGUUGUGGCUCACAGGCUGCAGAGCACAGGCUCAGUAGUUGUGGCUCAUGGGCUUAGUUGCUCUGUGGCAUGUGGGAUCUUCCCAGCUCAGGGAUUGAACCCGUGUCCCCUGCAUUGGCAGGUGGAUUCUUAACCACUGCAUCACCAGGGAAGCCGUAGCAGGGUCUUUUGACAAGCAAAAGUUUUUAAUUUUAAGAAGGUCUAGCUUAUUACUUUUUCCUUUUAUGGAUCUUGCUUUUGGUGUCAAAUCUAAGGAGUGGUUGUCUAGCUCCAGAUCCCAAAGAUAUUCUCCUAUGUUUUUGCCUAAAGUUUUCAUGGUUUUUUGUUUUGCAUUUAAAUCUGUGAUCCAUUUUGAGUUAAUAUUUGCAUACAUUAUAAAUUUUAGAUAUGUGUUCUUUCUUGUUUGCUUUGGCUUUGUGGGUGUCCACUUGUUCUAGUACCAUUUGUUGAAAAGGCUAUCUUCAUUGAAUUGAUUUUGGGCCUUUACAUUUGUGUAUGUCUAUUUCUGGAUUUUCUGUUCUCUUUUAUUGAUAUAUGUGCCUAUCCCUCUGCCAAUACUCCCCUGUCUUGGUUACUGUCAUUCUACAGGAUGUCUUACUAUUGGGUAGAGUGAUUCCUCCCAUUUCACCUUUUUAAAAUUGACUUAACUAUUUUGGGUGUUUUGCCAUUUUUGUAUAAAUUCUAGAAUAAACUAACCUAUAUCUACCCCCCAAAAAAAGUUUGCCUAGUUUUAAUAGAAUUUCAUUUUGGGGAUAAUUGAAAUCUUUACUCUCUGAGUCUUCCAAUCCAUGAACAUGAUAUGUCUCUCCAUUUUUAGGUCUUUAUUGUGGGUUUGUGUUCCCCAAAAUAUUCAAGUCCUAACUCUCAGUACCUGUGAAUGUGACCUUAUUUGGAAACAAGAGACUUGGCAGAUGUAAUCAAAUUAAGGUGAGGUCAUACUGGAUUAGAGUAGGCACUACUCUAAUGACUGGUAUCCUUAUAAGAAGAGGGAAAUACAGAUGCAAACACAUAGGGAAAGCCAUGUGAAAUCAGAGGUAAGGUUGGAAUGAUGCAUCUACAAGCCAAGGAACACCAAGGAUUACUAAUAACUGCCAGAACCUGGAGGGGGUGAGAACAAAUCAUCCCCUAGGGCCUUUAGAGAAAGCAUGGCCCUACCAAUACCUUGAUUUUGGACUUCUAGCCCCCAGAAAUGUGAGAAA